UUGCCUUUGCAUCAGCCAAAAAACAAAAAACAAAAAAAACCCAUUCUGCAAAAAUGAACCAUCCUCACCCUGGAUUCCUUGCAAAUUACAACAGCCUCACAGACAAGCACCUUGCAGGCUAUUUCAGCAACACCAGGAUAAGACGUCAUCUUCAGAGAUCAGGGCUGGUCUCAAGAAGUGGAAGAAUAAUCUCGGAGAAGGAAUACCAGUUAAAUGCCAUGAGGAAGGAUCAUCAGAAGUAUAUACGGGAAUGUUUGGCUCAGGCUAUAUUCCACAAGGUCCUUGAUAUGGAACAUCAUCACCAGGUUGAGAUAAAAAGAAAACUUGAAAACUCUGCCAGGAGGGAGCGUGUUCACAAGAUCAAGGUGGAACGAUCAAGAAGGGCAGCCGAAGAGACCAAUCACCUGCUUUCCCCACACCCACCCACUGCGCCAAGAAAUCGCUUUGGGCGCCGCAAAUUAGGUAACAGAGGACACUCAGGUCAUCUGGCUUCCUAUCCUCGACCAAGCACUGCACCAGGAAACAUACAGCAUCCUCUCCGGCUGCAGCCACUUUACAGCAACGCCACGACAGAAUCCGCACCCAAGGCCGCUUCGAGGUCCAGACCCAAGUUCCUCACCCUUGAAAAAGAUCAUCACUUGGCCAGUGGGGGAGACAAAGGGGUGUUGAACACUAUGCAUUCAAUGGAUUAUUCAACUGGAAUAUCCCCAUACCGACUUCCCAUCAUUAACAAUUACGUGACACCCAUUCCACCGCUGCCGCCACCCAAAAAUGACCACAUCAACGCAAUGAAAGGUGGGACAUCAAGAGGUCGACGGUUUCGCCCGACAACGGCACCAAAUGGCUUGGAACAAUUGUUAAUGAGGGACACAGGGAAGUUCUACAAGCCUCAAGUACAAAGCAAUGCGUAUGUUACCAUGGCCUAUUUGGGAAAAACCGUGCACCUGUCCUAUGACCUUUUAGAUUACCGAGAGGAAAUAAAAAUAUAUCAACAACACUGCGGAGGAGAAAACCUAUGUGUGUUCAGAGGCAAACUCCUGGAGGGAGAGACUUUUCAGUUUAUCUCCAAGCGGCAUUAUGGCUUUCCCUUCAGCCUCACAUUUUAUCUCAAUGGAAUACAAGUGGACCGUUUAAGUUCCUGCUGUGAAUAUAAGCAUCGGAAAGGCACUCGGCUGGGGGGCAAGCAUGGAUACUUUGGUUUCAUCAAUGUGGAAAGAUCAUCUCCCUGCUAUAGGUGUAUCAUUGCCAUGGGUCUGGACAAAAAGCCUUCUCCUCCCAAGAAAAAGGUGACCGAUGAGGAUGAAGCAAAGAAAGAGGAGUCCUGGAAAGAAGAGGUGAAGUGUAAGCUAAGAGAGAGCAGCAGCAGCAGCAGCAGAGAGGAAAACAAAUUUUCGAGAUUAUCAUUUCCCCUCACUCCCAAACAACGGAAAGAAUUUGUGGAAGAAAUGGAAUUGGAGGCAAGAAAAGGAGAAAUACAACGAGCCAGUGACGAAUGUGAAAAGAGCCAGGAGAGAUUAGCUAAUGAUGCAUAUGAUGAAGAUUUUGAAGCAGAUGAAGAGAAAUCAGAUGGGAAAGUUAAUGAAGAAGGACAGCCUGAUGAUCAAAUGAAUGGAAUGUCAAAGUCACCCUCAGAUGAUGAAAAAGAUAAUUUAGACCAUGAAAGGGAGAAUAAAAACUCAUCACCAAAAGCUUCGCGGGCCUCUGACAGUGAGCGAGAUGAAAGUGAUGGAUAUGCAAAGAGUGACUUGGAGGAGGAGGAUAAACAAGACAGGAAGCACGCGCCUGCCCUCACCUCCAGAACCACUACAUCGUAUAGCAGUGAAAAUGACUCUGAGUGUGAAUCCCGAAAGGAAGAUGAUGAACAAGAUAACACAGAUAUCCAUUCAGAAUAUGAAAGUGAAACUGCAAUGUCCCAAAAGGAGGAAGGUCAAGAAACAGAUGUGGAGGAAGAGGAAGGAAUGGGGGAAGCAGAAACCACAACAGCCAAACAUGUGCCAGGCGCCUUAGUUGAAAACGAGGUGGAGUCCAACCUGAAGGACAUGAGUCCAGUCAGUGAGAAACCCAAGCUUGUAGGGUCGGUAGACACAAACACAAGGGAAGACAGGGAGGAGGAGGAGUUAGUGCAUUUCAAAAGCAGCGCUGUAGAAUUAGAGCCCAGAAGCAAGGAGUCUUCCAAAGAUGAGGAAGAAGGUGAUUCCAAAUCGGUCAAAGAGAAAAUAGCUGAGGCCAUUGGGAAUGAUCAGCUUUUCAGUUCUGAACCUGAGCCUAGUGAUUCCAGUACAGAGGAUGAGGAAGAAAUGGUUGUUGCUACUCGAGAUAAACAUGAAGUGCCAGAUGGAGCUUCCUUAGCAAAAGAUGCACGAGUGCAUGGAUUGCAGAAGGUUGCAGAGCAAGUGGAUCGAGAGAAACAGAUGGUGGGCAAGGAAAGAGCACUCAAGGAAGAAGAGCUUGUAGAUGAGGAAGGUCCCAAAGAAGGCACUCAGGCAGAAGAAUUACUAGCCCAAAACAGAACAGUGGAACACCCAUUAAAGAAUGAGCUUGUGACAGGAGAUACAGAUUUGGAGAAGGAAGCAGUAGUAGAAUCAGAUCUGAGCAACGUAGAAGAAGAAGCAAUGUAUGAGGAAGAAAAGUCAUCUGAGGGGAAGGUAAAAGCAAAGCAAGAACUCAAAGAGCCAAAGGAAACAGCACCAGAACACGAGACUUCUAUUGGAGAGGAGAUAUUAGGGAGAGGGCAGUUAGAGGGGGAGAAAGUGGAGGACCAGAAUAUCGCUGAGGAAUUCAUGGCUUCUGAGGGAGAAGAAGGUGGAGAAAAGGUAGUUGAGGCAUGUGAAGUUUUGGGGACUAUAAAAUUAGUGGGGAGAAAGGCCAUAGAAGGGGAAGCACAUGAGGCAGAGGAGAUUAUGGAAGAAGCACUUCAGGCAGGUGAAGCUCUGGGGACAACGUUUGCAGAGAGAGGCAUUCUAGGGGAGGCUGAAUCUGAAGGAAAUGCAACUUUAAAAGAUACAGAACAUGAAGCAGAGGCCAUAGAAAAUGAUGGCCUCGUGGAAAAGAAAUGUAUUGAAGAGAAAUCUCUGAAGGCAGAUGAAUACAUGGAGGAGAGAAAACAUUUCAAGAUGGAACUGGGGAAAGUCCCCCUUGUGCAUGCAGAAUUUAUAGCACCAGAAGCAAAAGUGGAAGAGAUCAUCUCUACUGAUGAAAAAGCAGCUUCUUCAGGAGACAAAUCAAUAGGUGGUGGGAAUGAUAUCAUAGGAGAAGUUCCAUCUGACACGGAGGAAGUACUCCAGGUAGAAAAGUUAGGAAAAACAUCUCCAGAAAUGAGUGAAAUGAAAAACAUACCUACAGAAGAACAUUCCACGCUAGUGAAAGAAGAAUCUUUGGUGGAAGAGGCCUCCCAGGUUUAUGAAUCCACAAGGAUCAUUUCAGAAACAGAAAAAGAAGAGAAUGUAGUGCAAGCAAUGGGAGGCACAACUGAACAGGGAUGGAUGGAAGAUAUGCUCAUGUCUAAAGUGGCAGUUCCUGAAAUGAAACAGGGAAUUGGGAAAGAAGAGCUUUUUGCUGAAAAUGUCCCAGAAACUACAGCAUUGGUGACUGAAGAAACAAUAAGGCAAGGAGAUGCAGAAAGAAAGAUAGUUGUUCAAGGAAAAGUAGAGGGUAAAGAGGCUGAAAGAGAGAUGGCAGCUAAAGGGGAAAGGGAGGACGAAGAGGAAGAAACAGAGAUAGAAGUGGUAUCUCUGGUCACAGGACUUGAGGGAGAAACAGUCUCUAAGAUGACCAUCAUGAGACGGCAACGUGUAGUCAGUGUAAGAGAAGAGACGGUAGCAGAGGCAAAAGACAUACAUGAAUUAUCAGCACAAAAAGUAGCAUUAGGAGGAGGAGCAGUGAACAAAGAGGAGGGAAUGGAGAAUGAAGCAAACUUCCAAGAUGAAGUGGAACAAACACCUGAAGAGGCUGUAGCAGAGGAAACAUCAAUUUUCUUGGCGAUGCACAAGGAAGAGAUAACUGUUCAAGAAGAGACCGAAGAUGAAGAAUCAGACACUGAAGAACAAAUGAAAGGAGAAGGAGCAAUAACUCUGGCAAAUGUAAAGGAAGCUCUGUUAAUAGGGAUACAGCAGUUCAUAACAGACGUAUCACAGAUGAAGGAAGAUAAGGAUGAUAAGGAAGAUAAGGAAGAAAGACCUCAGAUGGAAGGGCUAGCAGAGGAAAUGUCGCCUCAGGAGGAUGCAGUGAGUGAAGAUUUUUUUACAGUUAUGGUAGCAAAAGAAAGAUGGGUUUCUGAGAGUGACAAAGCCGAGGGAAUAGGAACAGGAGAGUCUGUGGAAGGAAUCUUUUUGGAGGGAAAAUACGGAAGUGGAAACAGAAGAACAUCAGGACAGGAAGAAUGCCCAAUAGAAAAUGUGACAGUGACUGGAGCCAUUCUACAGAGUACCCAGUGGUCCGAAAGAGAGCAGCACCAAGAGUUUGUUGGAUCAUCUGACUGAGAAGAUAGAGGCUAAGGGUGAAGAAUGCUCUGGGGGUCGGACAUUCCAACUGUGUCAGCAUUGCAGUCUGAAGACAUGGCAG